UUGAUUUUCACCUUUUCUUUUCGCCACAUACGCUGCGCAGUGUGCGCAUACACUCUCGCUUGAAGAGGGAGAUGUCUCAGCGUAGGCUCGCUCGCCAUUUAAGCCCCCUUCCCUUUGGUCUGACCAUCCCAAAGUAGUACGUUCUGCUCCAGCUUUUCGUUAUCCCUCCAUACAGGAUUCGCUUCAGGUUGCUCAGAUGUCGCCAUUACAGAGUUUCCCUCCCGAAGCAGGCAGGACGAACCGUGGCAUGCUUACGGAAUAUUUCCUUCCUACUACGUAUCAGAGAUCAGCCUGGUCUGCUAGGUUGGUUCUGGAACAUGCAUAUAGUUGUCACCACCUUAGCUGUGAACCAAAAAUAAAAAUAAAAUUCAAUUGGGCGGCCAUUAGCUGGUGCGUGUGCCCAUUGACCCGCAAUAGUUUUGGAUUCAUUUAAAAAAAAUCGACCAACCGGGCUCUAGUACCUGGUGGCAAUUAUCGUAAAGAAGUACAGACAUGCAGCAGUCAAUCCGUGAUGCUGAAAUUAAUUCCGCACAUUUUUGGAUUCACGAUCUUUACACACGUUCUCUCUUUUUAUGGCUAUUGGUUCUGGUCAGUUGUUUAUGUGAAUGAAAUUUUGCUCUAAAAUUAGAAAUAGCUAAAGAUGAUUGGAUUUCUUGCUGUGUUUGUCUGGGUCCACCAUGAGCGGGCCUGGCAAAUUAUUUGUAAUGACGCUUAUUUGCAUGCCUAGCUGUGGUCAUGGUUACUUAUUGCCAUCUUCACAUGCAUGACAAAAUUAUUGCCAGCAAGAAAUGGAAGUAUUAUACAAUUUACUGAGAUCCAAGAUAGGUGUAUCUGUCCUUUCAUGACUUGAAAAUGUACCAGUUGACAAUACGAUUUGCUAGUUGAGUUGUUGUAUGUUGAUUCGUCUCCUCACCCCAUGGCUGCAUGUGUCCACCUAGGUGUAAGCCAGGCCAUGUUUUGUGGUUGACAGACAAAUAUUAUUUUGUACUACUAAACUUGGCCGGCCUCAAUUAUUGGUUGGAUAGAAGUUGACUACAGCUCAUCUGCAAUUGCAAAUUUCAUCUUGAACCCUGGCCUUUUGAUCCGUGUGGGGUCAGGACAAAUGUGACGUCCUUGCCUGUGAUUGAAUUUAUUCUGAGUUCACUGAAUUAUGCUUCUGCUCUGACCUAACAAGGGACAGGUAGUUGCCACAUCUUUUGCGCUGUGGUGUGCGAUAACCAAGUCCAGCCAUGCUUAUAUGAUGAAUUAGUUCCCCAACUAACAUUGGUACCCACAAUAUUUGAUCAAUUUCGCUGUAAUAGUUUUUCAUGAUUUGCUGAUAAGAUCAUGAUUUACGCAUGAAUAAUGAUAGCCGCAUCUUCUUGGUAGUUAAUCAGUUUUCUGGUCCCUGCAUUAUGGAGGUUGCCUUGCAUAGUCCUCUCCCUCUUCCUCUUGAAUAGAGUGAACCAGUACUUUUCUGUACAUAGGCGGUGCAAACCUUCAUACUUCAUACCAUUCAUGGUUUUAAAUUUUAUACAUUUUGGAUAUUUUCUUUCCACCUAUUAUUCUUAUGGGUGUACUCAGGCCGUGCCUUCUUGUUUUCUGUUGUCACAAAUACUUGCAAUGGUAUUCUGGUAAUCUAGCCAUAAGCUAACCUUGCAAGCUUCUUUUUUGUUCCCCCCUAAUUUCACUACAUAUUAUGAGGAAAGUGUUUUUUUAAUUGCAGUCUUGCAGAUCACUCUUUAGCACAAGAGUCAUCAACUUGUAUGUUUCACAUUCUCAUUUUUGCCUCCAUCUCAUGAUUAGGUCUACCUUUUACAAGAUUCCCUAUUUAUCGUGAGAAUGAAGCGCAUGAGUAGAAUGCCCACAAGGAAGGCCCAUUCAUGGUGGUGGGACAGUCAUAUUAGUCCCAAAAACAACAAAUGGCUAGCUGAUAAUCUAGAAGAGAUGGAUAAGCAAGUUAAAGAGAUGCUGAAGCUCAUUGAGGAUGAAGGAGAUUCUUUUGCAAAGAAGGCUGAGAUGUAUUACCAAAGGCGUCCUUUGCUUGUCACCCAUGUUGAAAAUUUCUACCGCAUGUAUCGUGCUCUUGCUGAGCGUUAUGACAAUGUGACUGGGGAACUACGAAAAAACAUGCCAUCAUCUCUCAAAUCACAGGGCUCAGGUAUAUCUGAAUCUGACUCUGAGGCACAGUCUACUCCCGCAUCUCCUGAGUCUGAAAAGAAGACCUCAAAAGAGAAGGGUAAAAAGGGAAGUGAUGGAUCGUCAUCAUCUUCUUCUUCUGAUUCUGAUUCCGAGGUUGAUGAAGCGAACCAAGAGAAUGGCAAUGGGAUUACUCAUGCACUGAAUGAACGAGUUAUUGAGCUAGAAGAUGAGCUCAAGGAAGCAAUGGAGAAACUUGAGGCACUCGAGGAAAAGAAUAUGCGGUGCCAAUGUGAAAACCUUGAAGAGAAGUUGCUAGCUUCGCAAUCAGAAAUCAACAGCCUUCAGAAGGAUCUUGAAGAAAAGGUCCGUUCAUUGGAGAGUAUCAAAGAAAUUAGCAGUGAAAAGGAGGAUUUGGAAGCUGCAGUUCUGGAAAACAAGAACAAGUUCGAGGAAUUAAAAGGGGAAAUGGCCUUAGCAGCCAAGCAUCAUGAGGCCCAACUUUCAUAUCGUGACCUUGAAAUUGAGAAAUGCAAGCGGGAGCUUGAGGAAGUAUCUGAGAGGCAUACCUAUGAUAAGUCUAUUCUUGAGACUGAAAUCGGAGAUCUCCAAGAAGUGGUCAAGAACUUGGAAGGGAACUUGGCAAAACUGUCGGAAGAGAAGUUGCAGCUUGAGGCACAGGUUAUGGAGCUUGAACAAACAUCUCACAGCCUAGAUGAUUCAUCUGCUGAAAUUAAGAAGCUACAAAAGGUAAUCAAGGAUCUGCAAGCAAGACUGGAAAAUGAUUCAAAUGAGAAGAGAGUGCUCGAGGAACGUGCUAUCGAGUUUGAGCAAGUUCAUAGGGAGUUAGAGGAUUCGAGGGCUGAAACAGUGGAGCUACAAACUAGAAUUGAGAAACUCAAAGCUGAUCUGGAAGGAGCACUUCAAGAGAAAUCGAUGUUGGAGGGCUCUGUCAAGGAUCUGGAACAUGCCAUUGCUAGUAAGUUGGAGAAAUUCUCUCUUGAGAAGUCCUCUCUCGAUGCUGAGAUCCUACAACUGUCAGAAGCUAAUGCUUCUCUUGAAGACAAGUUGUCAUCCACAGAGGCGCAGCUUAAGCAACUUCAUGCCGAAAAGGCAGAAGCAUCUGUUGAGAGUGAGAAACUGAUCUCUGGAUUGAAGCAAGAUAUUGCCAAUCUUAAGACAGAGCUCGAGUUACUGUCCUCACAGAAAGCUGCAGUUGAUAAUAAGGUGUCUGGUUUGCUGAGUGAUCUCGCAACUUGUGAUGAAAAGAUGAAGGAGAUGGAUAGCCACUUGCAUCAGCUACACCUGGAGCAUGUGCAAGUGAUAGCAGAGGCAGAUGCCGCACGGAAGUCCGUGGCAGAACUGCGUGCACGGGUGCGUGAGCUCGAGGAAGAGGUUGAGAGGCAGAAGCUCAUGGCGUUCGAUAGCGCAGAGGGGAAGCGGGAGGCAAUCAGGCAGCUGUGCUUCUCGCUCGAGCACUAUCGUGACGGGUAUCAGCAGCUCCGGCAAGUUCUGCAGGGCCACAAGAGGCCGAUGGUGAUGGCGACGUGAUCAGCCAACCAGCAGCUUGCUGGAUCCUUCUCUCUGGAUGCCUAAAAUCAGUAUGUCCAUGUAAUGUAAACAUCCCUUUCCCUUUCCCCUUUCUUCAUGUAGCUUCGGUCUACUCCUUAGUAGUCCUGGUAAAAGCUUGUGCUCUGUAGUUGCUUCAGCUACUGGUACCCUAUGAUGUGUGUGGUGUAAUAUAUUAUGGAUCAUUGUGGCAUUCCUUUUUCAAUCAAUCUGCCUGUUGCCGCGA